AUGGCCUCUACUCGCCUAUGUAACCAGCUUCUUCAAGGUCCAAACUCACUCUGGUUCAACUCUGUUCAGACCCUCAAAAGGGUCUCUCAAACCCUAGCUUCAGAAUUGGGGAAUAAUUGUUCAAAGCCCCCUCGCAAUACUACUUCAGCUCUGCGUUUGGUAAGCAAAGCAGUGCGUUUUGGGCCUCUGCUGCACCUAAAGCUGUGUGUUUCACUUAGGGCAAAUCUCUCAAACAGCUUCAGUGCAUCUGGGAAGAAACAUCACCUUCCAAUGCUUAAGCUUUUUGAUUCUUCUCUGAGGCUCUGUGCAGUUCCUUUAUCAGUGGCAACCAUAUGGGUUACUGUCACUAACCAGCAGGACAACAGCAGCUAUGGAAUGUUGAAAUAUUACAAAUUAUCGGCUCUCAAGUAUAUGGUUUUAGUCAGUACCCUCUGUGCAUGUUAUGCUCUAGUUGCUGCUGCUUGCUCAUGGGUCAGAUACUAUGCAUCCAAAGCUUGGAUUUUCUUUGUCUCUGAUCAGAUUAUGGCAUAUUUAACGAUCACAUCAGUUGCUGCAGUAACUGAGAUAUAUUACCUGGCUUACAAUGGUGCAAGGGAAGAUUCUUGGAGCGAAGCCUGCAGUUCCUAUGGCAGGUUUUGCGGCAAAGUGAAGUUGGCUUUGAUUUUACAUGCUAUCACAUUUUGCUGCUUCUUUCUUUUAUCCGUUAUUUCAGCUUUCAGAGCGUUUAGUGUCUUUGAUCCUCCUUAUGUCAAUUCUCUAGAGGUGCAGGGAGAUUAGAUAAUUAAUUAGGAUAUAUGUGCACUUUAAAUUGACGGUAGCCCAAUAAUAUAUAUAUAUUAUUUAUAUUUAUAUUGUGGAGCUUAAAUUUAUGUUAA